AUGAAUGAACCCUUCCCCGCUAGCCCCCGCCGCCGGGACAUGCUGAGACUUCGUGCUCUGGAACAGGUAGAGGAGCGAUUCUCCCGCGUCCCGGAGCCUGUGCAGAAGCGCAUCGUGUUCUGGUCCUUCCCGCGCAGCGAGCGCGAGAUCUGCAUGUACUCGUCCCUCGGCUGCCACCCCCCCGAAGGCGAGCGAGACUCCCGGGUGCCCUUCAACCGCGGCCUGCACCUGCUGCAAUCUGGGGCCGUCGACCGGGUGCUGCAAGUGGGCUUCCACCUGAGUGGGACCGUGACGGAGCCGGCCGGCCCCAGCGAGCCGGAGCGGAGCUUCCACGUCUCCAUCAGCUUUGACCGCUGCAAGAUCACGUCGGUGAGCUGCGCCUGCGACAACCGGGACAUCUUCUACUGCGCCCACGUGGUGGCGCUGUCGCUCUACCGCAUUCGCAACGCUCGGCAGGUGGAGCUGCGCCUGCCCAUCUCCGAGACCCUCUCCCAGAUGAACCGUGACCAGCUGCAGAAGUUCGUCCAGUACCUGAUCAGCGCCCACCACACCGAGGUGCUGCCCACCGCCCAGCGGCUGGCCGACGAGAUCCUCCUGCUGGGCUCCGAGAUCAACCGGGUGCACGGUGCCCCAGACCCCACGGCUGGCGCCGGCAUCGAGGACGCUAAUUGCUGGCACCUGGACGAGGAGCAGAUCCAGGAGCAGGUCAGGCAGCUCCUGUCCAACGGCGGCUACUACGGAGCCAGCAAGCAGCUGCAAUCCAUGUUCAACAAGGUGCGCGAGAUGCUGCGGAUGCGGGACUCCAACGGCGCCCGCAUGCUGAUCCUGAUGACGGAGCAGUUCCUGGAGGACCCGCGCCUGGCCCUGUGGAGGCAGCAGGGAGCCGGCAUGACGGACAAGUGCCGGCAGCUGUGGGACGAGCUGGGGGCCCUGUGGGUGUGCGUGGUCCUGAACCCCCAUUGCAAGCCGGAGGAGCGCGCCCUGUGGCUGGCGCUGCUGAAGAAGUGGAACAAGCUGGACGUCUGCCCCUUGGAGGAGGGAAACUAUUCCUUUGAUGUGCCUGGAGCCACCGCGGCCCUGCAGCUCCCCUCAGUCCCCAGCGCAGCGGGCGCCCGCCAGACCGUCUUCGGCCGCGCCAUCAAGGCCGGGGAGCUGCGCUGGGGCGACUGCCACCUGCAGAAGAUCCUCGGCAGCGACUGCUACGGCCUGGGCCUGAAGACAGGCGGCGACAAGCUCUGCUUCGACCCCCAGGGCCGCCCGCUCUGGCUGGGCGACCCCUUCCCCACGGCCUGCGCCCGCGUGGACGCCCUGCGCUCCCACGGCUACCCCCGCGAGGCCCUGCGCCUGGCCACCGCCCUCGGCAACACCAUGCGCCUGCAGCGGCGCCACCAGCUCGAGAGCUACAAGCAGCAGAAGAAAGAGAUAUUGCACAAGGGCAGCACGUCCAUCACCAACCUGGAGGGCUGGGUGGGCCACCCCCUGGACCCCAUCGGCUGCCUGUGCCGGACCCUCCUGGAGCCCUGCCGCACGGACCAGGAGGGGCUGUCGCUCUACCCAGGUACGGGGCGGGAU